AACUACACCACGCUCCCUCAGCAACUAACAGCCAUACAAUACGUUUCUUAGCGCGCUUGCACCCCUUAUAUUUACGUCGUAUAAAAUCUAAAGAAAAUGGCUGCAUCAAAACCUCACAUCGGUCGCGAACUGCUCGGCCGCGCGCACUCCCCCGAAACAACCGAGCAGCUCUUCACAGAGCGCAUAAAGCAGAAACCCCUCUAUCUACGUCCCACCUCCCCAACGCCCGAAGACAAGCGCUCGCGGCGUCGCCUCCAACGUCUCCGAAAGAAAGAGUACUACCUCCGCAAACAGAAGCCGAAGCCGCUCUCUGCGCGGGAGAAGCGCGAGUCGGGUCUCUAUACUCUUCCCAAGGAGGAGUGCAAGUAUGCGGUUUUUAAGGAACUGAAUCAGAUGUGGGUGGCGUAUAUGCAAGAUAUUCUGGAUCUUGGAGCUGGUAGGAGGCCGCAACAUGCUGGUAGUGGCAAUGGCGCGUUGAUCACGGCCCAGUCGCAUGGGAGUAAAUUGGUCAGUGCGGAUUUCCAUGGCGCGGAGGUAGAGGUUGUUAGGAGUCGGUGUGCAGGGAGGGUGGGUUUGAAGGGGAUUGUGGUAAGGGAUACCAAGUUUACGCUUAUGAUUGUGACGGAGAAGGAUGAAGUGAAAACUAUCCCGAAAGAACAGACGAUUUUUCGUUUUUAUAUUCCCUUACCGAAAUCCCAAGACACAGAAGGCAAUAACAACUCUGGAGAUGAUGGGAAUGACGAUACCAACAGCGAGAAACUCACCUUUGAACUUCAUGGGAGUCAAUUUCGACAUCGGCCAGUCGAUAGAGCCAAUAAGAAAUUUAAAUGGCGCAACGUAUACUAUCUAUAAGGCCAUACUCUCGACCUGCCUCAAUUGAGGUCCGACGAUACGACUAAAGACCCUCCUCUACGCCUGCUUCUAGGGAUAUGAAACUUUUGUCUGUGAUGCAGACUACCCUCGACUUCAGGAAUUAUUCCCGUCGCCUCGUAUGAACCAAGGCUACUGCGAGCAACAUGCAUAUGUUUUCCUGCCCGAAAACGAAUCGGACUCAGUCAAUGGAAGUCCAUCGUUAGCUUCGAGAAGUAACACCAGGCGUUGAAUUGAUUCUUCCAUACCCCUGACAUAAUUAACGGGCUGUGUUCAGAGCUUUUGAUGCCAAAAAGAGCGCUACGGUGCUUUCUCCAAACUACGGAUGUAAUACAGACUUACACUCAAUAUGGACUAGGGAAGGGUAUAUUGAAUUUUUAAUUUGUCUGCUAUGCAGGUCUGCACGGUUGUGAACGUCCGCUGCUUGAAUUUGUUCAAUACUGCUGAUACCAUUAUUCAUAUAUCCUGAAGUUACCUGG